AACUCUCUCUCUCUCUCCCCCCUUACAGGACUCGAAUCGCACUCCAAAUGGCAUCUGCGGCAGCCGUCUCCUGCUUCUCCACCACCAUCCCCCCACACCUCGGCUCCAAGCUCGUCUCCUCCGACAUCUUCCUUCGCCUCGCCUCUCCUCGUCCUCCACACCUGCGGCAGUACUCGUCUCUAACUCUUGUUAGAGAGAGUUUCUAUGCGCUCGUCCCUUCAAAUAACCGGAGGACCUUCGCCGCGGUGGCACAAGAUGAGGCCACUGCGGCAGUGGCAGCCCAAAAAGAAGAAGAAGAAGAAGAAGAAGAAGAAGAAGAAGAAGAAGAAGAAGAAGAAGAAGACACGGUGGCCGCGGCUGCCCCUCAAAACACCAAGCUCUACUUCGGGAAUCUGCCUUACAACUGUGACAGCGCGCAGCUGGCCGGGAUCAUCCAGGAGUUCGCCAACCCGGAGUUAGUGGAGGUGCUCUAUGACAGGGAGACCGGAAGAAGCAGAGGGUUCGCGUUUGUGACCAUGAGCACCGUGGAAGACUGCGAGGAAGUGAUCAAAAAUCUUGAUGGAAGCCAAUAUGGUGGGAGAACACUGAGGGUGAACUUCUCGGACAAACCCAAGGCUAAGGAGCCACUGUACCCGGAGAGCCAGCACAAGCUCUUCGUUGGCAAUCUGUCAUGGUCAGUGACAACGGAGAGCCUGACGCAAGUGUUCCAGGAACAUGGAAACGUGGUGGGAGCUCGUGUUCUUUACGACGGAGACACCGGUCGAUCCCGGGGUUAUGGUUUCGUGUGCUACUCCACCAAGGAGGAGAUGGAUAACGCCAUGGAAACUCUCAACGGAGUGGAGUUGGAAGGUCGAGAAAUGCGGAUUAGCUUAGCUCUAGGCAAGAAAUCUUGAGGAUGGCCACACAUGUUUUGGUCAAGAAAUUUAUUUCAAUAGACUUCAAGUUCUUCUAACAUGUAAGGGCUGCAGAGAGAUUCCUCUGCUCUUCUUUCAAGUUUGCAUUUGUCAUGUUCCAACACUGAGAUUACACACUGCAAAAGCUACAAAAAAAAAAAAAAAAAAAAAAGGGUGUACAAUUAGCUUGUACGGAGUGAGGAUUGCAUAUGGUUUGAAUUACUAUGCUUUUAUUUUAUGCAAAUACAUUAUGUUUGUUUGGA